GGAUUGAUUGAGCGAACUCAUGUGUCCCCGUCCGUCCUUCUCACCUGUCCAGCACCCCACCCCACCAAGAAAAGGCCACUCGUCCACCCACACCCACACCCACACAACGGAUAAAUCGUUCGUACAAGUAUACAGCUUCAACUGGAAAAAGUUGAGCAAAACCACCGCAUAGACACACACACUCACACGUUCACACAUAUACAGAAUAAAGCCAUGACGCCGUACGCACACUCGAGCGCCGUCAGGAUACACACAUACAUUCACGCGCAGAGGCAAGAACCCUUCAUAAAAACAGCACAAUACAGCGCUACCCGUCCUACCGCCCCGGCUAGUUCGGCGCCCGUUGGCCAUCUGCGUCAAUUUCCGGGUUGCACGGCGGGGGCGGCACGGGCGACCCCACCACCACCACAGGGGCACCACCAGCACCACUGCUGCUGCUGGACUCACCUGCCUGCUGCUGCUGGUGGUGCUGUUCUUCGGCAUCAGAAGCAGCAGCAGGGUGUUGCGGAACGGGAGGUAAUGGGUGCAAGCGGCCUGCAUGCCAUACACACACAGCAAUGGGCCGGGGGAAUGGGUCCAGGUGUGUGGUGUGGUGUGUGACUGCGGUUACGAGGUUGCCCCUUAGGUCGUCUCCUGAGGCCCAGGAAGUAAGCAUGUGUCUGCAGAGGGAGACAGAGAUGCGCACACACAUACGCGUCGAUCAAUCAAUCAGUGUGUUUCCAGCGUGUUUGUGUACCCCUCGGGCGUGCAGGUUGAUGUAGUAUAUCAGCCACAGAAUGCCCGGACCAACAGCUAUGCCCAGCUGACAUGACACACGACGCGCGUCUGUAAUAUACUAUGUCUGUGCUCUCGGCUAGCUAUGUGUGUAGACCUACCGCCGUCCACACGAGGGAGAAGGGCGAGUGGAAGAGAAACCGCGCCUUCCACGGCCCAUCAAACUCCCCACCUGCACACACACACGCACAAGCAAUGUGACCUGUUUAUGCAGAGGCUGUGUGCAUCACAUAAGCACCUUUCCAGUGCAAGUUGGCCCAUCCGACAGGAGCGGCCAGCAGCCCCACCACGAUUGAAAGCAGCACACAGUUGACCACGAAACACACCACACCGAACACCAUGCUGCCCACCUGCACACACAGACAACCAGACAGACAGACAGACAGACCCGUCAAAAGCACCUGUGCGCAUGGAUGUGUGUGUGUGUAUGGGUUUCGCUGCCUUACGGCAACGUAUAUGCGGACAUUCCAAGGCGCCCCGCCCUUGAUGAAGGCGCAGAGACCGCCGCAGGAGAAGCAAGAAGGCCCGCCAGUCUGUCGACACGUGACACACAACACAUGCAAUUCCACCCACCCAUCCAUCCGUCCAUCUGCCACCCUUUCAUUGCCUCCAUACACGUGGGUCGUCGUCAAACUCUGCCACAGACGGGGGAGAGGGCUGCUUCAGCUGACGACACAAACAGACAGAUGAGUCUGUGUGGGCUGGAUGCGGUGCUCGGUUGCUUACAUGGUAUGUGUGGUGUCUGUCCAGCCCGUUGAGCAGCGCCAUCUGCAUGGCCCGAUACACAAAGGCAAAGGCGCCGCCCAAAGCGAUGAACACCACACCAACCAGACACGCGGGAAGCAGCCCAAUGCCCACCUGCACAACACGCCAUCCAACCACACAGACACACACCCAUUGGGUCUUGUGUGUAUGUGUGUGUGUGUGUGUGUCGGCCGAUUGACUGACCAAUGUGAGAGUGAGUGUGGUGAUGCCGAAAACGAGGUUGAGUGGCAGCUGCAGCAGCGCCAUGUGGAAGAGCCCGCCCCAGAAGUCAGCAGAGAACAGCACGCCGAAAUAACUGAGGCCACCUGCACAAAACAAACACACACCAACACCAAUGCCCUGCAGUGCGGUGCGCCCGCCAUCUGUGUGUGCAUACUGUACCCGUGAAGGAGCACGCCAGUUCCUCUGCGCUGGGCGGUUCGUGGACCGCAUAGCGCACAGACGACUGCAUCAUCUGGACAGAUGACGACUGCAUGGCCCAAUCUGCGC